AUGAGCUUUUCACCCGCUCUCGGCGCAGCCGAAAUCGUCGCGCUCUCAGCAGACACCAAGGCCUUCUACUUCACGUACACGGGAUCCGAAUCUGCUUCCGGUGAUCUCGAGGUCUGGACCAACCUUUCUGGCGCCUGGACUGCACUUCCUUUCGCUGUCGUCCCAUCACUAUCAUCGACCACCGAGGCGCACGUCAAGGUCCAAGUCGCUUCUUUCGACCUGAGCAACGCCAAACCGGGGACCUACCAGUUCACCUAUAGGAAAGACCAUGCCGAGCUCGACGCUUCGGGUACGAAAGGUACAAUCCAACUCGUCACCGCCAGUGAGAGUUUACGACAAUCCAAGAAGCAUGUCGAGCUCAAGACGUUCGACCUCAAGGAUGGACAAAGCAAUGCGAUUGAAUCGUUUGAUCUCGAAAUCGCGGCCCAAGAUUGGAGUGAAGGUGUUGUUUGGGAGCGCAGCUCGUGCGUACUUGUUCUCAUCGCUUCCUGUCACGGUAUCGAAGCUGAUAUCACAUCCCUAUGCGUCUAGACGGAUCUGGUACCUCGUUCGUGAACUCCAACCUGGAUCGCCGACCUCGUGCCUCUCGACCGACUAUGAGGGUCAACUCGUUUACUUACGCGGCAAGCCGACCACGGACUCCCCGAACGCUCCGAUCCUAGUCCUCUUCCCUUUCACGACCGAUCAGGUCAUGUCCACCAUCCGAGGAGGUGACGAUAAAGUUUGGCUGAGGUGCAUGCGGGAUACAGGCGCUUCGGGCGUGCGCGGUCACGUAGUUAUCGGGCGAGGCGUCGAGGGGGACUUGGAGGAAUUAGUGGCCGAGUGCGUCGAGACCGCCAAGAACGCUCUCGGUGGUGACCUGGAUCAAGCGAUGGUGAAGAUUCCGGCGCCGAUGGCGCAGUUUCCACAAGGUGUGCGAGUUUGCACUUGGAAUGCUCUUGGGCUGGCAGCGUACGUUGUUGCCCAUCACCUUGCGAGCUUAGACUGUAAAGUGGCAGACACUGACACUUGAAUUUACUAUUCUGCAGCUACAAGCUCUCUGACGUCCUCAAAUGGCUCGAUUCCCUGCUCUCACCGUCGACGACUUCGCCCUUGUUCGUCGCCAGCCUCGAUACGGUUCUGCUCGACGACGGAUGGCAGGACUUCAAACAGGCUACUUGGCAGCACGGCGGGCGCCAUGGUCAUCCGCAACAGACUUUGCACUCGUUCGGCGUCCGUCCGAGCUGGUACGACGUCGAUUCGGCCGCGAGUACGCCGGUCUCGAAUUCCAUCGCCAGUCCUGAAUUGACGGACGCGGUCAAGCGAAUCAAAGCCAAGGGCAUUCAGCGCGUCGGCGUCUGGAUGACCAUUGCGGGUUACUGGGAUGGCCUUGAGCCUGAUGGCCCUAUGGCGCGCUACGAUCUCCAACAAUGGAACCUGCAUUCGGAGCUCUUCGACGAGGCCAUCGCGCUGUGGCACGUCCCCUCGAUCAACCGACUGGAGGAGUACUACGGUGAUUACUUCAAGUCGCUCAAGGCUGCCGGUGUGGACUUUGUCAAGGUCGAUGAUCAGGCCCAUCCCGACUACCUCGUCGCGGGUGGAACGGACGAUGUAGGUGAAUUGAGGCAUGCGAUGCACCGCGCCAUGCGCAAGAUGUCGAACCAGAUCUUUGGCGACGGCACGACCAUCCACUGCAUGGCCGGAAGCCCUCGCAUCUGGGGUGGGGCCUUGGCUUUGCGCAAGUCCAACGGUACCAAAUCGGUGAUCCGCAAUUCGGACGAUUACUUUCCCGAGCAAGACGACUCUCAUCGCUGGCACAUCUACCUCAAUGGGACCAACACGAUUCUUAGCCGCGCGCUCGAGUUCGUCCCCGAUUUCGACAUGGGGGAGGAGCUGCACCCCUGGGGACAGGACUACCACGUCCCGUUCCGCUCGUUUUCUCCCGCUCCGACGUAUUCGACCGACUUGAUGACGCGACCCUUGCACCCCCAAAAGGGAUGGAGUGCUGCGUUGGCCAAGACGAAGCAAGGUGGUGCUGGAUUGGUCAAGACGACGAAUCGCAUCGGAGCCGGAUUGGAAGGACGUCUGAACGACGAUGUCAUGGGCGAAGGGGAGGGACAAGCUUUCGUUGUGGCGCUGGCGUUCCCCGAGGCGCAAGGUGCUCAUUUGGGCGCUUGGAACACGCGCUCGAACGAAGCACACGCGCUUACCAGUAUUAACUCGAACGACGUCGUCGAGGCUCUGGGGCCUCUCAAAGCCACCGCCGCAGUGGCGUUGUACGUCGCCGGACAUGAUUGGGCUUCCUGGAUCAGCCCGAACGAUUUAAGCCUCACGCUCAGAUCGUGCGCCACACCUUUGGUCACGAUCAACGUCCAAGCCAAGCAGUCGCAGAUGGUCACGAUCGCUCAGUCCUACACCGUCGACGGGACCAAGAUCGCUUGUCUCGGUCUGACGGACAAGACGACUGGAUUGGCGGCAAUCAAGGCGAUCGCUGUAUCCCAGGGUUCGUCACCCUCAGCAAUUGCGGACGCGAAGCUCUCUGAAGCGAAGAUCUCGACCUUGCCUGGUGUCUUCCCAAUCGGUCAAGACCGCCUGCGCAUCACUCUCGCUUUCGCCAGUUCACACCUAGGAUUCUACGUCGAUAAAUCCAAAAAUCUUGUGUUCGUCUUGGAUGGCGAACGCAUCGAUAAGCAAUGGAUCAAAUGGGGUGACGAAACGAAGGAGGGCCAAUUGGUCGAGGUGGAUCUGGAAGGGUGCUGGAGUGCGAUGGGCGAACCAAAGGGGUCUGAAUGGGUGGUGGAAGUUGGACAUGAAAAGGUAUGA